AUGCGCCGUUUUCGCGUAAAACGCGGCCAUGGUCAGUCGGAUUCUUGCACGAGCACGGCCAUUGGCCCUCGCCCAGACCUGCUUCCGUCCGGUGCAGACACACCAACGACGGCCACUCUCUCUGUCCUUGGUUUGUCGGUCGUCAGCGAAACAUACUUUGCCGGCCUCGUCGACUUCACCAACAUCGUCGACUCCCCGCCCACCUGGCGCCGUGCCGGUGUCAACACCCUGCGCUGCCUCGUCGGCUGUUCCAUGGGCGACUUUGCCGUCCUGUGGUACCUGCAGAUGCACCACGCCGACUGGGGCAUGUGGCCGACGAUCAUGGGGCUGGCCAUGGCGAGCGGGCUGACGACGUCGGUGCUGCUGGAGACGGUGUUGCUGCGGUUCGGCCGCGACGGUCUGUCCUGGGGUCUUGCUGCGCGCACGGCCGUCGGCAUGAGUUUCAUUUCCAUGCUGACCAUGGAGCUGGCCGAGAAUGCCGUGGACUACUGGCUGACGAGCGGCGGGCAGGCCGCCGGGUACACGUUUGGCGAGCCGCUGUUCUGGGCGGCGGCGGGCGUGUCGAUGGUGGCCGGGUUUCUGGCGCCGCUGCCGUACAACUACAUGCGUCUGCGCAAGUACGGCAAGGCGUGUCAUUAG